AUGAGCACAGAACAUAUUGACCUCAAAGAGAUCCAUGAUUCUCUAAUCCAGAUAGCCUACAGAGCUGGGGAAAUCAUUACCACUGCCUUACCAAGUACAGGAAGUACUGGGUCAAAGAAGAAUAGUGCUGACUUGGUCACUGAAUAUGACCGUGCAGUCGAGACCAUGAUAUCUACAGUGUUAGCUGAGAGAUACCCGGAUUACAACUUUCAUGGCGAGGAGACGUAUGAUCCUGCAAAUUUGUUGACUGAUGCCCCGACAUUCGUGGUGGAUCCCAUUGAUGGCACUGUCAAUUUUGUUCAUGGGUUCCCAUAUGCCUGUGUAUCUCUCGGCUUCGCUGUUAAUCGCGUACCAGUCGUCGGAGUUGUUUACAAUCCGUUCAACAAGACGCUCUACUCCGCCAUUCGCGGACAGGGGGCGUAUUUGAAUCAAAGUACCAAACUUCCGCUCAAUAGGGAGAAUCUCGAACCACUGCACGGGCUUGAGAAUGCACUGAUUGGUAUUGAAUGGGGCUCGGAGAGGACAGGCGCAAACUGGGAGAUCAAAGUGCGAACAUUCGAAAAGCUCGGCCAGACUAAAGACAAGGGCGGCGCAAUGGUACGCUCGAUGCGUAGUAUGGGGUCUGCUGCAAUGAAUCUCUGCGCUGUGGCAGCCGGGCAUCUUGACUUGUACUGGGAAGGUGGCUGCUGGGCAUGGGACGUCUGCGCCGGCUGGAUAAUCUUGACAGAAGCCGGGGGUAUGAUCGUCGACGGAAACCCUGGAAAUUGGAAGGCUAGUGUUGAUGGGCGAAAGUACCUAGCUGUCAGGGCAUCCCCGGGCCAGUUUAAAUAUUGA